AUGGCCCACUUUUUCACCGCUGCAGGGAUCUUCCUGCUUUCUGGCGUUUACGCCCAGCCAGCGCCGUCAGUUCAGUCUGGUAUUACCGCAGCGAUCAAGGCAGCCUCCAAUGCGACAGGAUCCCUCGACUAUACGGAGUUUGUCAAUGUCUAUGUUGGCACAGACAACUUUGGUGAUGUUUGUCCAGGAGCCUCUAUUCCUUUCGGAAUGGUCAAAUUCUCGACCGACAUGACUGGCUAUGCGCCUGCCGGAUACGUCACCGACCCGACACAGUUUAUUCGUGGGCUUAGUCCCAUGCAUGAUAGCGGAACCGGGUCCUCUUUAGGCACUUACGGAAACUUCGAAAUUAUGCCGCUUCUCUGCCCCGGUGGAUUUGAUACCUGCACUACUCGCCUGGCGGCCCGCCAACGAAAACGCAAGCCCAACACCGAUGUUGCAUCGCCAGGCUACUUUGCUCAGACGUUAGACAAUGGUCUUCGUAUGGAAGCCACCGCGACUCGUCGUGCAGGUCUCGAGCGAUUCACCUUCCCUGCCAACUCCAAACCCUACUUUGUGCUUGAUCUCGCGAACGACCUGCCUGCGUCAUUCGCCGGAGGUUCCCUUGAUAUCGAUCCAGACAAAGGACGCAUCACCAUCGGCGGUCGUUGGGGAUCCAGCUUUGGUCCAGGAAGGUUCAGCUACCAAGCCUUCGCUUGUUAUGAUUUGCUCGAUGGCGGAGCCCAGAAAUUGAGUGAGUAUGGUGUCUGGACAGGUGAUAACUUCGGUCUCGACGCCAAAGGGCUUGGUCAAAAGCAUCUCAACCUUACGCUCAACCUUAUCGGCGGGGUAUACCAAUCUGGGGCCUUGUUCUCGUAUGAAGGAAAUCCCAGCACUGUCAACAUUCGUGUCGGCAUAUCUUUUGUGUCAACAGACCAAGCAUGCGCCAAUGCUGAAUCGGAGAUUGGGAGCUCCUCGUUUGACGACAUCCACAACAAGGCGAAGGCACUAUGGAACGACAAACUUAGCAGGAUUGAGAUUGAUGUUCCCAAUACCCCCGCGAAUGUAACCGAGAUGCUUUAUACGUCGCUUUAUCGCGCAUCGUUGACUCCGAACAAUGCUACUGGAGAAACACAAGGCGCCUUCGCCGGGACAAGCUCGUUCUACUUCGACUCGCUCUAUUGCAGCUGGGACACGUUCCGUACCUUUUACCCGCUACUUUCCCUGCAUUCGCCUGUCGAAUUCGCCCAGAUCGUCGACAGCUACAUCGAUGGCUGGCGCAAGAACGGAUGGAUGCCUGAGUGUAGAGCCAACAACUUGCCAGGCUGGACCCAAGGCGGUUCGAGUGCCGAUGUUAUUGUUGGUCACUUUGCCACUCAUUACCACAACGAGGCUGCCGCGCUGGGCAUCAAUCUCGAAGAAUUGUAUUCCGCUGCGUGGACGGACGGCGAAGUAAACCCUCCGGAGUGGAAUAUCCAGGGUCGCCAGUCCAAUGUUUACAAUCAAUUCGGUUAUGUGCCUUUUGCUGUUCUGGAUACCUCUAGCACAGGGCGUCAAACAAGAGAGGGCAGCCGCACACUUGAGUAUGCUUUCGAGGAUUUCGCCAUCCGUCAGAUCGCGCUUCUACUUGGCAAAACAGACGACGAGGCCAAGUUCAACAAACGUUCUCUGAACUACCGCAACGUUUGGGACCCCUCCGUUGUCAGCGACGGAUUCAAAGGAUUUUCGCAAAAGCGCUACAGCAACGGCAAAUUUAACUUUACCGACCCCAAGCAUUGCUCGCCGGUUGAUAAUGUGACGACGGAAUGCUCCUUACAAUCGGAUAACACGAAUGGCUUCUAUGAAUCCUCUUCGUGGGAAUAUAGCUGGUUUGCUCCGCACGACACCGCGCAUCUCAUUGAACUGAUGGGUGGAAAUGAUACUUUCGUCAAACGACUUGACCACUUCUUCUCUGCGGGCUAUUACCAGGCCGGAAAUGAACCAUCGUUCCAAACACCGGUUGGGUACCAUUACGCAAACCACCCAGCACAGAGCGUUGACCGCGUCCGCAACGUCGUCUUCGAGAACUUUGACAUCACUCCUGCUGGGCUCCCCGGAAACGACGACCAAGCCGCGAUGGCAUCACUGCUUGCAUUCCAUCUGUUGGGCAUCUAUCCUGUUCCCUCAACCACACAAUACCUCGUUCUCUCGCCAUUCACGCCCAAGUACACAAUCCACAACUCUUAUCUUGGCGUAUCCACCACCGUAAACGUUGUCGGGUUUGACGCAAAAUCUGUCCAGCACACGAUCCCGAAGGGCGUCAACGCCUACGUCGUAAACGUGACGAUCAACGGUGUCCCUUCCGCCUCCCGCUGCCAUUUCGACUUUUUCGAUGUCUUCCGGGUUGGGGGUAAUGUCACCAUCGAGUUAACAUCCGAUAAGGCGGCUGCAGACAGCUGUCUAGGCGCGCUACCAGAGAGUUUGUCAACUGGUGGCUUUGCAAAGACAAGAUAA